ACUUCCGGCCUUCUGGGCCUGCGCAAACGGACAAACAUGGCGGCGGUUUCAAACUUUCAGCUAUGAAAAGACGACAGAAAACGCUGAAAAACAAUGGUUAAAGACCAGUUUCUUGUCGUCUUAGGUAUCCUCGAGGGUCGUAAGUUUCCAAAGCGUUCACGGCACCAGAUUGUUGUCGAGGCCAAGUUUGACGGAGAGCUACUUUCCACGGAUCCAGUCGAUCAUACUGAGACUCCUGACCUGAACACCGAAUUGGCCUGGGAACUCAACAAAAAGUCACUGCACCAACACAGGUUACAGAGAACUCCUAUCAAGCUCCAGUGCUAUGCUGUGGACACUCUAACAUCUGCUAAAGAGGCUGUUGGAUAUGUCAUCAUAGACAUUAGACAAGCCAAGCAGGAUGAUCCGACACCAAGCCCUCGAUGGUACAGCCUACUGAGUUCCAAGUACAGCAGAUACAAGCCUGAGAUCAGGGCCAGCAUCUCUAUAGAGACAGACAGUGUGGACAAAAAAGACAGCUCCUUCAGAGCUAAGGAUGCUCCUCCAAGAGAUGCCCCCUCUCCUUCUACCACCUCUGGUUCAGACAUUGACCCGCGCACCCUGAAGGCACAGCUGAAUGAGGAGGAGGGGUACUACCAGAUCGGCCCGGCAGACAGGUGUACUCAACACUUCGUACUCUCUGUCACCGUGGCAUUUGCCUCCAACUUGCCUCAGCUUGUUCCGAUGUCGAUGCCGCUCCCCUCAAGAGGCAGUGGGUUCUUCUUUUACUACUCCCUCCUGGGUAACGAUGUCACCAACGAGUCCUUCCACAACCUGCUGAACCCUGACUUCCCGGCGGAGCGUGCGUCUGUCCGUGUGCGCAGCAGUGUGCAGGUUCUCAGGCUCUUCCUGGCCGCUCAGCCUGGACUACAGAUCCACCUGUGUUGUGGAGACCACUCCCUGGGCAGUACAGAGGUCCCCCUCAACACCCUGCUCAAGUCAGCCUCAGACCAGAUGGACAAGCCAGCCAGCGUGGAGGGGUCCUUCGUCCUGAACCCCCCCAACAGGGUCAAACAGCAGCUACCCCCCACUGGGGGUGACAUGGUCCCCAGUGUGGGGGUGUCCAUAACACUUCGGCAGGACACUGGGAGUGGACCACCCUCUCAGCCGACUGACUCCACUUCUCCGGCAAAGGAGCACCCUAUUACACCCAGCCAGCCACGUGAGACACGGGUGUCUGACAAGAGACCACAAACGCCACCCCCAGAGGAGCGGCCCCCACCCCCUCCCCAGGGGCACACCCCACCCCAGAGGCUGCCACCCUCUCCACCUGUUAGCCCAUCAAGUGAUACACAGGGGACAGAGCAAGGCCUAAGCAGUUUGGGGGAGGAUGGGAGCAAGAGGGAAGCCAGAGAACAAGGUGAAACCAGGACAGCUGGUGAACAUGGUAAACCUACAGAGGACCCAAAACUGCCAGAGCCAACCCAUCCUUUAAGCACACAAGCCAAGCCUCCAGUAGCAGACUCUCGCCCCAGCUCUGUCACCACGUCCCAGCCGUACGUGUCCAUCCCUCCUGCUGCACAUCACUUCUGCUUCUCACUGGACCUCAGGAGCAUCCAGGACGUGGAGACCAGCACCAGUGCUCCACUCUACAUCUUCCUCAGGUACACGUACCCGUUCUUCGGCAGUGCAGCCCCCAUCCUGACUCACCCCCCUGUGGAGAUCAGGAGGAACAUGGAGGUGUUGUUACCUCAGUCUUUCUGUGCCUUUGACUUCGCCUCAACACCACAGCAGCUGCAGGACACAUUCACACGAAUCCCCAUCAUGGUGGAGGUGUGGCACAAGGACAAGAUUUCCCAGGAUGCAUUAGUGGGUGUGGCCAGGAUUUCUCUCAACUCCAUCAUCACAGCUGAGAAGGCCAGAUUUGUGAAUGCCCAGGGUGUGAGUGGAUGGAGACAGAGUCACAGCACCAGGAUACCAGUCCUGUCUGUGGAUGGUAACCUAAGGAAGGUGGGAGAGGUGUAUGUUGUCAUGACUCUGGAGGACCUUGGUCAGGUGACUACACAGCAGAUCCUGAUUGGCUCUGACACAUCUCAGUCUGCGUCAGUGCCUGUGGCCCCACCCCCUGCCCCGGUGCCAGCCCCUGCCCCCUCCCCACCCCCUGCAGACCCCCGGGAGACUGUGGAGUACCAGAUGGCCAUGGAGCUGGAGAUGUGGAAGGAGCAGCAGGAGAACAUGUUUGAGUCACAGUUAAAACAAAAGGAGCUCCAGACCAUGCAGGCGUUAGCAGAAGAGUGGAAGAGAAGAGACAGGGAGAGAGAACUCCUGGUGCAGAAAAAGCUCACAGAGUACCAACAACUGGAGGAGAAACUUCGAACAACCCUGGCUGAUCUGGAGAGGAGAGAGAAACAGCUGACCUCAGGAGAGGCAGAGGUUGUUCGUAUGAAGGCAGACCUGCAGCGGGAUCACGAUCGCACGCUGACAGAACUACGGGAGGCGUCGCGCCGACUGAAGGAGGACUGUGACCAUGAGGUGCAGCUGGAGAGGGCUAAGGUCAGAGAACUGGAGCUACACAACCAGAGACUACGUGAACAGUUGCAGGAGGCAGAGAGACGGGUACAGCAGAAGGAAAAGGACUUUGAUGAGUACCGAGGCCAGCAGGCAGGGAAACCUGAGUACAAACUACAGUCAGAGAUCAACCUCAUGACUCUAGAGAAGGUUGAACUGGAGAGAAAGCUGGACUAUGUGGCCAAGUCUAAGCUUCACUACAAGCAGCAGUGGGGAAGGGCCCUGAAGGAACUGGCCAGACUCAAGCAGAGAGAACAGACCAACGCUAAGGCUAGACUCAAGCAGCAGCAACAGGAACUGGAGCACAUGCGGCUGCGUUACCUGGCCGCUGAGGAGAAGGAGAUCGUCAAGGCAGAGAAACAGGAGCUGGAGACCAUCAAGGAAGAGCUAACCAGAUUGAAAGACCAGCGUCUCCCCGAGCAGCCGGCAGCACCUGACACCAGGCGAGCGUCUGACGGACACCUGGAGCACAUGCAGCCGCUGGUGCCGGAGGAUGACACCUCCAUGAUCGAUGACCACGUGACCAGACUGAUCGAGGAGAGAGACACCCUGCUGAGGACGGGAGUGUACACACACGAGGACAGGAUCAUCACUGAGCUGGACAGGCAGAUCAGGGAAGCCAUUGCCAGGAAAGGGGGGCGUUAGCUAAGGCAGUGAAACUAUUACAUGGAGAUCCAUUACAUGGAUAUCUCUUCUAUGUUUAAAGUGAAUACUUUCAAACCAACACAAGGUAAAUUUUCUUACCCAGUUCCUCUGGUCUUCCUGGGUACUGGUCGAAAGCUCUAGGUGAGAAAAUUAUCUUGACUAUGUGUUGGAUCAAUAUUUUAAACUUUAAACAUGUAACUACCAACACAGAUGAACAUUCAUGAUAGUAUGAGAUCUCACCUACUGGUUUCUGUGUAUAACACUCACUCAGUGCAGCUAACACUUGCUGAAAAUAUAUUCCAGUUGUACAAAGUAAUUUCCAGUCAUUAUCCAGUUGUACAAAGCCAUUUUCAGUAUGAUUCCCUUUAAAGAUGGAAGUUUGGACAGCUUUAGCCAUGUUUUAUAUAUCAUGUUUGUUCGGUGCAGAUGAAACAGGCCUUAAGAUAUUUUCCCUAAAGCAAAUAAUGUAUAUACAUUCCUCAGGAGUUCUAUGAUGACCCAAGGAGAUUUCAUGUCACUGAACAAAGUUUGUACCUUUUAUGUGGCACUGUGUCAUUCCAAAUAAUUAGUACCAGACUUUUCUAUGCAUGGAACUUAAGCAAAAUAAUUCAGGAACCUUCUCACUCACUGUUGUGACAGUUGGCACUUGAAGUAUGUACCAUAAUACACAUCUAUUCUGCUGUUUUAGAAUGUUAGUGUUAGUAGAUACAGAAUGUAUUGUAUGAUAUAUUUUAUGAUUUUUGCAACAGGUGAUUAUUAUGUUGAAGUGCAUUUGUAGUUUAUGUACUAAAGGGCUUCCAAAAACUGUUUUGAAACAUUUCCUAAUAUGAGUCUGCAUUCUUUUAGCUUGUAAAAUUGCAUGUUGUCUGUAUCCUUACAGAUAGUUGUUUGUAGCCCUGGGAAGUAAUAUCAUCAUGUUGGGAAAAACUUGAAGAAAUCUUACUAGCCUGUUUGAACUUAAAAUGUUUUAUCUACACAAGAUUGGUGGUUAAUGUAAUUUUUUUACUUGAGAGUUGUCUACUAAC